AUCCAGCCGUCACCAACUGUCACUCGCGAGAAACGUCCAGCACCUAACCAAUAAACGCUAUCAUAAGGAGGCUCGGAUGCACUCGACGCGCGGGUUUUAAACAAGAAAUUCCUCUGAUUUGCAUCGUGAAAAGCGACUUGCAGCGACAUGUCCGAUAAGGUAGACAGCAUCGUCGAUGGUGAUGCGGACGGCGGUGAUGACGUCGAUGACAUUGAUGAGGCUCAGGAGGAAGCUCUUCUGAAAUCUGACGAUGAUGACCCAAUGAACUCUGAUAAGGAGCUCGACGACGACGACGAUGAUUCGGAAGAAGAGCAGGACGAGGAAGAACGCCUGAUCAAGGAGUACCUGGAGACGCUGGGGCAGAUUGAUCAGAACAAAUAUGGUUAUGAGAACUACGUGCAGCUCAUCGAGAUAGCGCACAAACUAGCGGAUUUGGAGAAGAUUCGGCAGAGCUACGACCUGUUCUCUGCGGUCUACCCAGUCGCACCGGAACUUUGGCUGAAGUAUCUGAUGAUCGAGAACAGUUUGGCGUCCUCAGAGGCUGAAGUCAGCGAAUGCGAGAAGCUAUUCCGGAAGGCCCUCAAUGAUUACUACUGUCCUAACGUGGCAUUAGAGUUCGCCAGCUUUGCAGCAAAAUCACCGGACGCAGAGAAAAUCUGGGCUGAACUUCUUUCAGUCUACGCUCUCCAUACAAUGUAUGGUCGAAAAUUCGUUGAAAUCUGGAAAACUUAUGUCGACUCUAAAGAAAAUUCUCCUGAAAAUAUUAAACAUAUUGAGGAAACCUACACAAAAAUCCUCCGCAUCCCAAUGCACGACAUGGAAGAGACUUACAUAGAAUUCAAAAUUUUUGUCGAGAAAAAUGAACUAGGCGCCUCAACCAAUUGGGAACAAAUAGACAAAAAGUACAAUCGUGCUAAGACCCAUCUCCAAAAGAUGCUUCCAUUUGAAAACAAACUUUCAACCUUAGAUGCUAAAUUUCACCAAAACCGUGCCACCCUCUAUAAGGAAUACAUUCGCGAAGCAGAUCGAUUUGCUGAUGAGAAUGUCCUGCAAAUCCUCUACGAACGUAUGGUCACGGAAUGCUGUUUGAAUCCUUCAUGUUGGCUUGACUACAUCGCCUAUUUGGAGAAACGCGAGAAAUACAGUCGACCUGAAGAAUUGGAGAAUUUCCCAAUGUUCGAACAAUCUGCUAUGGAGGUGAUAAAUCGGGCACUGCGGAAUUGUACGUGGAGUGAAUUGUUAUUCAUACGUAAGAUGAGACUCGGCGAGAAGUUAGGAUUUGGCAAAAAUGAAGUGAAAGAAAUUUUCGAACAGGGGCUCGAAGCUGGUUUUCAAACUCCUGAACCGUUGGUGGCAUUAUGGCUGGAAUAUUUAUCAUAUUUGGCUAGGAAUACUAAUUUCGAUGAGGAGAAGGAGACUGAGAUUUUGAGAGCGAAUUUCAAUUUCGCGUGGACAUCACUCGGGAAACAAUGGGGAGUCCUGGCUGACUGUAACUGUGAGAUUUUGCAGCUGUGGGGUAAGUUGGAGUAUAGUAAACUGAAGGAUGCUGUCAAGGGAAAAGAAUUGUGGAAUACUGUUAUGGAAAGUGCUGAUAAUGCAACAAAAUCCGCUCUUUGGAUGGAGUUCAUUCAUCUGGAGUUGUCAAGAGGAGCAGACGCGGGGAGGAAAAUAUAUCGUAAGGCCCUGAACGCACAAACUGUUGAAGAUCCAUACACAAUUGCCUCAAGUUGGCUGCGAUUCGAACGUUGCAACGGGACGAUCGAGCAGAUCGCUGCGUGCCAAGACCAAUGUGAAACUAUUCUGAAACAAUUCGACUAUCAGAAAAGACAAUUAGCUGAGCGACAAAAAACAAAAGGUGACGAAAAGGGUGGCGGCAAAGCUGCAAAGAAACGUAAACCUGGCACAACUGUCGAAGAAAUAAGUCCAAAGAAAGGAAGGAGCGAGACGAAUGAGGCCAAACAAAUCAACAAUAGGAAAUCAGACCAGGCGUCAAUCAGCGGGAAAAGCGACAUGUCUGAUAUCGAUCCAAGCAAAGAUUCGUUGCGAGUGUUUCUAAGCAAUUUGGAUUACAAUAUCACUGAGGAUGAGAUCAAGGAGUGCUUACCCGAACUACAAAUUCUUAAAAUUCAUUUAGUUAAGUCACCAAACGGAAAAGGAAGGGGUUUCGGAUACGCGGAUCUUUCAUCUGAAUCUGAAGUGCAGAAGGCCAUUACCUUCGACCGAAGAAUGCUUAAAGGACGUCCAAUGUAUAUAUCCACAGUUCUACGAGAAAAGGAGCAGCGACAGAAAUUCAAAUAUUCAGAUAAUAUGGAGCUCAAGAAACUAUUUGUGAAAGGCAUACCUUACGAUUCAACCAACGAAGACUUACAAGAGAUAUUUUCGCCUUACGGACAAAUAAAGGAAAUCAGAAUAGUUUACCACAAGAGCGGGAAGCCGAAAGGCAUUGCGUACGUUGAAUAUGUCGACGAGUCUUCAGCAUCAACUGCUUUGAUGAAGCUCGAUCAAACUGAGAUAAACGGACAUAAAAUUUCUGUUGCUAUAUCGGCUCCUCCUCCUAAACCAGCGGAGAAAAAUGCGUCCAACAUGAAGAAGCUUUUAAGCUCUGUUGGAAUGAAAGCGAAUGUCAAUAGAGGUGAACAAAAACCACGACUGUCGUUCAUACCUGCAUCAGUGCGGAGAAAUGUCCUAAACGCUACAUCAGUAUCUACCAACGGCAAUGCGGCACCUAGUAUAAAACCCAAAUCGAACGAUGAUUUCCGUAAGUUAUUGAACAAUUAGAUUCCUACAGAUACUCUCUUUAGGAGCGACCAUGAGAUCCUUCAUCCACAUCCCAAAAUGGGAUAGAAACGUAAAGAUAAUAAAAAAAAAGUGUGUGAGUACUAUUAUUUUAUUUAAGCGAUCAGUUCGGAAUAAAACUUUA